CCGCAGCUCUGCCCAUCGGCGCUGGGAGCGUGUCGUGGGAACUCUGCCGGCUCGCUGCAGGUGAGGCGGCCCUUCGGGCAGCUGAGCGGCGAACAUGACGGCCGAGGACCGGCAGAAUCUGCUCGCCUUCCGCGACUGUAUCACCAAGAUUCUGGACCCCACCUACGUCCUGAGCUACAUGGCCCCCUGGUUUAAGGACGAUGAGGUGCAGUAUAUUCAGGCUGAGAAAAAUAACAAGGGCGUGAUGGAGGCUGCCUCACUUUUUCUCAAGCACCUAUUGAAGCUCCAGGAGGAAGGCUGGUUCCGUGGCUUUUUGGAUGCUCUUACCCAUGCAGGUUAUUCUGGACUUUAUGAAGCCAUUGAAAGUUGGGAUUUCCAAAAAAUUGAAAAGUUGGAGGAGUAUAGAUUGCUUUUAAGGCGUUUGCAACCAGAAUUUAAAACUAGAAUUAAUCCAAAUGAUAUCCUUCCUGCAAUAGCUGACUGUUUAAUUAAUCAGGAAUGUGAAGAAAUUAGACAGGUUUGUUCCAACAAGGGGCCUAUGGCAGGUGCAGAGAAAAUAGUUGAUUGCCUUGUCCGAUCAGACAAGGAGAACUGGCCCAAAACUUUGAAACUUGCUUUGGAGAGAGAAGAGAGCAACUUCAGUGAACUGUGGAUCAUAGAGAAAGGUGUAAAAGAGGAAAUGAAGGACUUUGAGGAUGAAGAAAUGGGAACUUCUGACAUACAGAUUUUCUACAAGGAAGAACAAGAAUGCCAGAAUCUCAGUCAGAAUGCAUGUCCACCUUCAGAAGUGUCUCAUACUCACAGCCCAAUGAAGCCAAGAAAUUACCAACUAGAGCUCGCUUUUCCUGCUUUAAAAGGAAAAAAUACAAUAAUAUGUGCUCCAACUGGUUGUGGAAAAACCUUUGUUGCACUUCUUAUAUGUGAAAAUCAUCUUCAAAAGUUUCCACAAGGACAAAAGGGAAAGGUUGUAUUUUUUUCUAAUCAACUCCCAGUAUAUGAACAGCAAAAAUCAGUGUUUUUAAAAUAUUUCGAAAGACAUGGGUACAAAAUUGCAGGCAUUUCUGGAGCAACAUUUGAGAAUAUCUCAGUGGAACAUAUUGUUGAGAACAAUGACAUCAUCAUUUUAACACCACAGAUUCUUGUGAACAGCCUUAGAAAUGGAACUAUUCCGUCACUGUCUGUCUUUACUUUGAUGAUAUUUGAUGAAUGCCACAACACCAAUAAACUCCAUCCUUACAAUGUGAUCAUGUUUCAUUAUCUAGAUCAGAAACUUGGAGGAUCUUCAGAUCCACUGCCCCAGGUCAUUGGACUGACUGCCUCAGUGGGUGUUGGGGAUGCCAAAAACACAACCGAAGCCAUGGAAUAUAUCUGCAAGCUGUGUGCGUCUCUUGACACAUCAGUGGUGGCAACAGUCAAAGACAACUUGAAGGAAUUGGAGGAAACUGUUUAUAAGCCCCAGAAGUUUUUCAGGAAAGUGGGAUCACGAACCACCGACAGAUUUAAAUGUACCAUCUCUCAGCUGAUGAAGGAGAUAGAGAGUCUGUUAAGGAGCACCUUUGAUGAACUUGGUACCGUAAGUCUCGAAAACUUAUCUCAAAUUCAAAGCCGGAGUUUUGGAACACAGAAAUAUGAACAGUGGAUCGUUACAGUUCAGAAGAAGUGCACGGUGAUACGGCUGCCCGACAAAGAUAAAGAGAGCAGGAUUUGUAAGGCACUGUUUCUGUACACUUCACAUUUGCGGAAAUUUAAUGAUGCCCUCAUUAUCAAUGAUCAUGCACGGACAAAAGAUGCUCUGGAUUACUUGAAAGAUUUCUUCAGUAAUGUCCGAUCAGCAGGAUUUGAUGAGAUUGAGCAAGAUCUCACUCGGAGAUUUGAAGAAAAGCUGCAAGAACUAGAGAGCAUUUCCAUGGAUCCCAGCAAUGAGAACCCUAAACUCAAAGACCUGUGCUUCAUCCUGCAAGAGGAGUACCACUUCAACCCAGAGACCAGAACCAUUCUCUUUGUGAAAACCAGAGCGCUUGUGAACGCUUUAAAGAAAUGGAUGGAGGAAAAUUCUAAACUCAGCUUUCUAAAACCUGGCAUAUUGACUGGACGUUGCAAAACAAAUCAGGACAUAGGAAUGACCCUAACUGAGCACAAAACUGUCCUGGAUGCGUUCAGAGCCAGUGGAGAUAAGAAGAUUCUGAUUGCCACUUCCGUUGCUGACGAAGGCAUUGACAUUGCUCAGUGCAAUCUGGUCAUCCUGUAUGAGUAUGUGGGCAAUGUCAUCAAAAUGAUCCAAACCAGAGGCAGAGGAAGAGCAAGAGGUAGCAAGUGCUUCCUUCUGACUAGUAAUGCUGAUGUAAUUGAAAAAGAAAAAAUAAACAUAUACAAAGAAAAAAUGAUGAAUGACUCCAUUUCAAGCCUUCAGACAUGGGAUGAAGCAGUGUUUAAAAAAAAGAUUCACCAGAUCCAGACUCAUGAAAAAUUAAUCAGGGAUUGUAAAGGAAAAGUAGAGCCUGUACUCGAUAAGAAAAAUAAAAAACUGCUUUGCAGAAAGUGCAAAGCCUUUGCAUGUUAUACAGCUGAUAUAAGAGUGAUAGAGGAAAGCCAUUACACUGUGGUUGGAGAUGCUUUCAGGGAGCGCUUUGUGAGUAAAUCACACCCCAAACCAAAGAAUGUGGGGAUUUUUGAGAAAAAAGCAAAGAUAUUCUGUGCCAGACAGGACUGCAGCCAUGACUGGGGAAUCCAUGUGAAGUAUAAGACAUUUGAGAUCCCAGUUAUAAAAAUUGAAAGUUUUGUUGUGGAGGAUGUUGCAACUGGAAAUCAGAGACUGUAUGCAAAGUGGAAGGAGUUUCAUUUUGAGAAGCUACCAUUUGAUGCUGCAGAAAUGCCCCAGGCGACUUCAGGAUCCCGAUCUUCAGCUGCAGGGAAUGGGUGAUCUUGAGUGAAGAAGAAAUUAUCCUCAGUGGGUAAAUCAUGACUCGUUUGUACUCGCUUGCGAAGAUUUUACCUAAGGCUUGUACCGUACUGAGUAUUUAUCACUUAAUUCAUCUUCUGUUCAUAGUUUUCAACAGUUUGUAUUAUAUCAUAUAUGUAAACCACACAUGAGUGAACCAACACUGAAUGUGUCAUAGGCCAAUAGAGCUCUAAGUACUUAGGAAAAAAUUUUAAGCCUCAACUUGUUCUCUUUCUAUUCUCCCCUUCUGAACCAACUGCCGGUGUAUACCCAGUAGCCACUCAGUACAUUUAUUAGAAUAAAUAAAUAAAUAAAUGAAUGGAUGCAAUGUUGAAAGGUUUUCAUGCUUCACUUUCUUUCCUUAACCUUCUGUAAAGCAGCUUUUGCCUUUAACAAUCUACUGGAAUUUUUCUUGUCAAGGUCACCAGUGACUCUGGUUGCCAAAUCCACUGGACACUUCUUAGUCCUUCUCUCUGAGUUCUUUCCUGCUUUGAGCCCUGUUGAGUACUUUUUUUCUUGGAACUCCUUCUUGGCUUCUAUCUCUUCUAGCUCUACCCAUUCUUUUCAAUUGGUUCCUCUUUGCUGGUCCCUUAAUAAUUGUUGAUAAUUCCCAGGGAUCAACAUAUAUACAUGUACAUCUAUGUAAUGGUUGCAUAUACUCAUGUUCUCUAUGUAGCAAUGUAUGGCAUGUAAUC